AUGGGUGUCCUCCUCGGCGGAGCCGGGCCGCGUCCGAGCAUCGCGCUGAUCGUCCUGCUGGAGUCCGUGCUUUUGGGGCAGCCUGGCGCAGAUUCAGCAAGGCUCCGAGCUUUCCGUUGUGAUGGACACUCCUGCAAUCCUCCUGUGGGGAAUCUAGCAACAGGCAGGACACCGGUCACACUUACCACCUGUGGGCAGAACAGCACUGAACUGUACUGUUUUUACCCAGACCACAGUCUCCUCCAUCAUGUACCACACGGAUGUGGGCAGCCCACGUGUGCCAAGUGUAACGCCAACCAGCCUGAUAACUCUCACCACCCUCAUGAUAUGACUGAUGACUUCUUUCUCAACCCAGCUUCCUGGUGGCAGUCGGCACAAGGGGUACACAGGGAAGAAAUCAGGCUGGAUUUUGAAACUGAGUUCUACCUGACCCAUGUUAUUGUGGUAUUCAAGUCACCUCGCCCAGCAGCCAUGGUGCUGGAGAGAUCCCAAGACUUUGGGAAAACAUGGAGGCCUUACAAAUAUUUUUCUGUCAACUGUACAGCCACUUUUGGGCUCCCUGAUGAUACCGCUGAGGAAGCUUCUUUGUGUACGUCCAGGUACUCAGAUGUGGUACCUUGCACCAGAGGAGAGGUGAUCUUUCGUGCCUUAACUCCCGCUAACAAGAUUGAAGACCCAUACAGUCCAGAAGCACAAGACCUCCUGAAACUUACGAACUUGCGACUCCUCUUAUUAAAGAGACAAGAGUGUCCUUGCCAAGGUCCAGGACUGCUGGAGAAGCCACACAGAUUUGCCCACUAUGCCAUCUACGAUCUAAUUGUUCGGGGCAGCUGCUUUUGUAAUGGCCAUGCAGAAGAAUGUCAACAGGCCAAUGGGACCAGGGCCAUAGAUAAUGUGGUCCAUGGGAAGUGUGUGUGCAGACACAACACGGCAGGAAACCAUUGUGAGAGGUGUGCGCCAUUGUACAAUGACCAGCCAUGGGAGUCAGGAGAUGGAAAAACGGGGGCACCAAAUGAAUGCAGAAAGUGCCGAUGUCACAGUCAUGCUGAUAGCUGCCAUUUUGACCGGAGCGUCUGGCUGGCAUCAGGAAAGCAGAGUGGAGGCAUCUGUGACCACUGCAAGCACAACACAGAGGGAUACCGGUGUCAGAGGUGCAAACCUGGUUAUUACAGAGAUAGAGGGAAACCCAUGUCUUCCCCAGAGGUUUGCAAGCCUUGCUCCUGUCAACCAGUGGGCUCAGUGAACACAACCUUCAACCAGAGCUGGAGAUGCCAUCCAAAGACAGGCUUCUGCUUCUGCAAGCCAGGUGUUGCAGGGCCAAAAUGUGACAGGUGUCUCAUGGGAUACUGGGGCUUUGGAAAAAAUGGCUGCCAACCUUGUGACUGUGCCAGGGACUGUGACAAGAACACUGGAGAGUGUCUUCUUGAUAGUUAUGACAGUCAGCAUUUUUUUGAUGUUCCCAUUGGUGGGAGAAUUCCUGACCUCAUCCAAACCCAAUUCAAUGAAAGUGGAGAUGAAUGGCAAUGGAAUUAUCACGAGCAGGGAUUUUCUGCGUUAAGGCAUCCAGAAAAGUGUGUAUGCAAAGAGAGAAUUCUAGGAAGUGUCACCAAUUUCUGCCAGAUGAAAUAUGCCUAUGUUAUAAAAGCAAAGAUCCUCUCAGCUCACGACAAAGGAACUCAUGCUGAAGUCGUAGUAAAAGUGAAGAAGGUUCUCAAGUCAGGCAAAGUGAAAAUCACUCGGACGAACAGGAGCAUCUAUCCAGAGUCUUGGACCAACAGGGGAUGUACAUGCCCUAUUCUUAAUCCUGGCGUCGACUACCUGAUAGCCGGACAGGAAGACACAAGGACAAACAAACUCCUAGUGAACAUGAACAGCCUGGUGAAGCCGUGGAAAACUCACUGGGGGAAGCUGGUGGCAGACAUGCUUCGAACGGGAUGCAAAUAGUCUCUUAUUUCAAAGUGAAAGUCAUGAA